AGCAAAAUAUAGCUUUAUUUUUAAUAAUUAAUUUCCAUAAAUAAGUUUCCCUCAAAACAAAUUUGUUAUACAGGUAAAGUAAUAAGUAAUAAACUGUUUACAUUUUACAUUUACAAAGGACAUAGUAAUUUUCAAAACCGAAUUAAAGGUUGAAGAAUACCUUUGUUGCAUUUUAAUUUGAAAUAUACUCUCUUUGUGAAAAGAUUCUGCUAGAAGAUACGAUUAACAUUUCAUGAAUGUCCUGGAUACAUUUAACAUAAACUGUCAGCUGUUUAGCAGGGAAAAAGACAUUGAAUGAAAAUUGUUUUUAAGUAAAUUAUAACACAAAAGAAUCUAAAGCUAAAAGGUUAUUUGAUUAAAAAUUAUUUUAAUAUUCACAUUUUAAAUUGAGAGAUUUUAGCCUGAAUUACUCCACCAAGAAGAAAAUCAAUUAACAUAUUUUUUUCUGUUUCUUAUUGCCUUAGUUAAUACACAUAAUCUUUAAAAAAUAUAAUAAUAUUCUCCUGAGAACAAGUAAAAAAAAUGUUUCCUUCUUAUUUAUUCAUUUACACAUUUAGAUCAAAUAAUAAUAAAGCUUUAAAUUUGGUUAUCCCUGAUGUUUGUAUAGGAAAUAACCCUAUUUAUAUUGAUACUAUCCUGAUAACCAAACUUUACAAAACAACAGCUCAAAGAAAAUUUUGCUUUUGCUUUUUUUUUUUUUUUUUGUCUGUGUGUGGUAGUCGAUGAAAAAUUACUUCUUUUUCCAAUCAAUUUCCAGCAGUAUUCAGUGGUACUGCAUUAUUUGAUGCUUCCUAGUUUGACUCAAAUAGGGAAAGAAAAGUUAAGGCUUGAAUGUCAUCCAUAGGAUUCUGAAGAGUCAAAAUGAAGGCCAGAGUUUACACCCAGGGCAAACAACAAUUUUCAAAAAAAGAAUAAAAAAAAGGUUGAUUGAAUUUGAAAAAAAAUAAAAUGAUUUUUUUUCAGUCUUUAUUUUUAUUGUAUGUUUUCAGUUGUAAUCAUUUACAGACAUGAAUCAGCAGUAACAACAAAGAAAAAUAAAAUUCAAACACACUUUCUUGUUUUCACAAAUAAAAAAAGCAAAAGACAACAAAUUAUAAAAAAUUGUGAACUUAUCAUGGGAACCAAUGAAAAUUGCUCACUUCUGUUACCAGCCUCCAGUGGUCAUUUGAGGAACAGCAACAUUUAGUACCUCCAAGUCAAUAUCACAGAAUGGCUUCGACUUUUGUCUUGCAAAAGUAAAUACACGUGGUAAUAAAAAUAUGAAUGUCAAUAAAUUUGAAAGAACAAAGUAAGAUAAACUCAGUUAUUCAAUCUUAAUGGUUUUAUUUAAUGUUUUUUUUUUCAUAUUCAUAAUCAUAUCUACAUAUUUACCAAAAAAUUCCACCUUAUUUACCAAUGUUUAUUUCCAUACUUUUAUUUGUCGCAAGCUUCAAGUUUAACCACAGCCACUUCCUGUUUUAUUUUGAAAGUGAGCGGAAGCAGCAUUCAAUUAAUUGAACUUGACGAAAAGGCUGGUUCUCCAUCACAUCCAUCCUCGCCGGGUCAGAGAACCGGGCUGGCAGGUGUCGGAACAUGCUGGCACACAGUCGGUACCAGAUGUUUAUCUCCCUGCCGGGUCGGAACUUUCAGUGAUCAUCAUCCACGUUUGGAUCGGUUCUGUCUUUGCAGCAUGAAUGAAGCCAGGACGGUUCGGCAGCAGAGUUCUGGCAGCAGCAGCGAGUGGGACAUGGCCAACGACGUCUUCGUGUCCGGCUACGACGACCACGGUUCGGGAGAGGUGUUCGGUUCUGGGCUCUGCUCGGACGGACACCUCCCUCUCAGGAGGGCGGACUCGGAGCCGCUGUCCCAGGACUGCUUGAUGCUGGGCCUGCCCGGCCCGGAUUAUCCCGACCCAUCGUUCCUGAACAUCGAACCCGUCUACCCGGACCCCGAGCGGAACCUGUCGGAGAGGCGGGUUCUGUCCAACAGCUCCAGACACCGCGGGGAGAUCGUCACGGAACUGGGACCGGAGGAGAUCCGCUGGUUCUACAAGGAGGACAAACGAACCUGGAAGCCGUUCGCUGGAACCGACUCUUUAAAAAUCGAGCGUCUCUACCGGAGACUGACAGAACAACUGGAUCCGGGAGGUGAUGGGGAGCAGAACCCGGUACCAGAGGAGGUGAAAAGUCCCAUUGAUGUGAAGGCGGAGGCGGUCUGCGUCCGGGGAGGACUGUAUGAGGUCCACAUCCGGGAGAAGGAGUGCUGCCCUGUUUACUGGAACCAGCAAGAGAGCAUCCCCGUGAUGAGAGGACAGUGGUUUGUUGAUGGAACGUGGCUCCCCCUAGAGGAGGAAGACAGUAACCCCAUCGAGAUGGAGCACCUGGCACAUUUCAGGGGGCAACAGAUGAAGGAUGUCAGUGAAGUGGAGACAGCGCCCUCUACAGUGGACAGCAAGGAUGCGGUUUACAGUCUGAAGCUGAGCAGGAGUCACGUGGACUGGCACAGCGUGGAUGAGGUGUACCUGUACAGUGAUGCCACCACCUCCAAGAUCGCCCGCACCGUCACCCAAAAGCUGGGUUUCUCUAAAGCACUGUUGCUGUCAACAGCCUCCAGCAGUGGGACUCGUCUCCGUCGAGGAUAUUUUGAAGAAGCAGUGCCUGAGGAAACCCCCUCUGAAACCACCCACAUUGUCUUUGUGGUGCACGGCAUUGGCCAGAAGAUGGACCAGGGUCGCAUCAUCAGGAACACCAGCAUGAUGAGAGACGCAGCCAGAAAGAUGGAGGAGAGACAUUUUCCUGAUCGCACCACAGAGCACGUGGAGUUCCUUCCUGUGGAAUGGAGGUCAAAACUGUUUUUGGAUGGGGACACAGUGGACUCUAUCACUCCUGACAAAGUACGAGGGAUCAGAGACAUGCUGAACAGCAGUGCCAUGGACAUCAUGUACUACACAAGUCCUCUGUACAGAGACGAGAUCACCAGGGGUCUGACUCAGGAAUUGAACCGCCUCUAUUCGCUCUUCUGCUCGCGGAAUCCAGACUUUGAGAAAAACGGAAAAGUGUCCAUCGUAGCGCACUCGUUGGGCUGCGUCAUCACUUUUGACAUCAUGACCGGCUGGGACCCGGUCCGCUUUCAUCAUCAACAAAUGCUGGAUCCGGAGAAGGCGAAGAUCCGCUGGCCUAGUGAAGAGGAGCGCCACCUUCAGGAGCAGAUCGGGCUCCUACGUCUCAGGUUGAGGGACUUGGAAGAUCAGUUCCGAGGUCUCCAGACCCCGUCCUCUGUUGCAGUGCCGGCCUUAAAAUUCAAGGUGGAAAACUUCUUCUGCAUGGGCUCUCCUUUGGCUGUUUUUUUGGCACUUCGCGGGAUCCGGCCUGGAAACAACACCAUGCAGGAUCACAUCCUCUCCACAUCUAUCUGUAAACGCCUCUUCAACCUGUUCCACCCCACAGACCCUGUGGCAUACAGACUGGAGCCACUCAUCCUGAAGCAUUACAGCAACAUUUCUCCUGUUCAGAUCGACUGGUACAACACCACAAGCCCGAGUCUUUACGACCAGAUCCGACCCACUCGUCUGAACUUGACGAAGGACACCAGCUUUGUCUCAGAAUCAGAAAUCCUCACCAGCCCGUGCACCUCCCCGCCCCAAACCAGACGACCCUACGGAGAGUCCAUCACCAGUCUGGGCAAGGCCAGCAUCAUGGGUGCUGCCAGUAUCGGAAAAGGGAUCGGAGGAAUCCUGUUUUCCCGCUUUUCCCGCUCCAGCGGCCAGGUUGGGGGUGUGGAGGAGGAGCCAUCAGACUCGGAGGGAGGAGUCUCUGAAGUGGAGAACCUGGUAUCAGCAGAUGAUGGGGAGGUGGUGGUUGAGAGUGGGGAAACAGAGAAGCAUGGAGAGGAUGAGGUGGUGGAGGAGGGUGAGCCCAGCAUUCCUCGGUCUGCUUCAGUUGCCGUGGACAACAGCUCCUUGGAGCUGGAGAGACGCAUCGACUUUGAGCUGCGGGAGGGUCUGGUGGAGAACCGCUAUUGGUCGGCAGUGACGUCCCACACAGCCUAUUGGUGCUCGUACGACGUGGCUUUGUUCCUGCUCACCUUCAUGUACAGACCUCAAGAGCUACCCGAACCUGUAGAAGACCACCAGGAUGCCUCAUAGCUGCACAGCAGAUCUAUCAAGGACAGCCAGGAUCGGAUCAAAGACUUUGUCUCCGUUUUAUCUGGCGCCAGAUUGUCAUGAAAACACUAAAAGCACCGGCUGAAAUGACGGAGUGUGACCCGCUAAAGCCACCAGUGAGGAGACCCGGCUUCAAUCAUCCAAACAACUGGAUUCCAGCCCAGAAUCCCUGGGGUCCAGGUCACAAUUUGGGUUUGUCUGUUGACCUUUGUGAUUGUACAUUGUCUAGACAAUCCACAGACUGGAUCCUGAUCAUCUCCACGUCUAGGUGGUGUUUUUGUACCUUUGAAUAAAUGAUGAGGAUUAGACGUUCUUCUUCGUGACAUCAAGGAAUCAUUUUUAAAGAAAAAUAUCUAUAUACCUUCAUACAAGUAGAGAUUAGCUUCAUAUGAACCAGAAACCAGAUUUCUUCCGCUUCUGCAGGUCACAUGAUUCCUACUCAACACUUUCAGAUUCCCCUCCACCGAGUCCAGUUUGUUUGGAACAGUUUUACAACUGAAAGAAUCAGAAAACAGAAAUAAUGUUUGGGCUGUACCAUUAUUGUGACGUCACACUGUACGAGAUGUACUGAUGUUUUUUAAAAGCAGCUGCGCUGACUGUUAAAACCCCUCCAUUUAAGCUCAUAUUUUAUUUUAAACAUAAAAUAAAAACAAUGUGGAUGAUAAAAUUCAUCCCUUUUGGGGUCACUAGGUUGCUGGAGCCUAUCCCAGCCACUGUUUGGCAAAGAUGUGGAUCAUCCCGGACAGGUUCAUAAAAUGUUGCGCAUAUUUUAUUAAACCACAGAUGUAAAUUAAAAAAAAUAUUUGGAGCAAAGUGGUGAACUGACUCGCCUGCAGCCACUUUCUUUUUUAGCUGAGCUUCAAACCGGAAGUCAAAGCAUCUCCCCUUGGCGGUGACACGACACACGGGUUCAAACAGAAGGUACUUCACAGUUUCUGCUUUGAUAAAAGCCGAUCUCCAGCUGGACUUUUUAUACUCAAUUCAGAAAAGAACUUCCCCUCAUCAUCCAACCGGUCUGCCUCUUUAUUCGUUUCCAGCACAUGGUUGUUUCAGGUAAAAAUGACAAACAGACUCUAAUCUGUAAAUUUAUUUAUUUAUUUACCCUAAAACAUUGAUCUCUUUUGUGUUUCUUUGACUCUCUCCUGUCAUUGUAAAGGUUUAAAUUGUCGGUCAGUCUGGUUCACGUUUGAUGAUGUUUGUAUAAAAACAAUAGAAAUCUGUGAACUAUCA